AUGGGCAGCUGCGCCUGCGCUGGGCAGCUGUGGGCACUCAUCCUGCUCCUGCUCCAAGCUUCUUGUGUUGACAACUUGCAAAGCCUCAUCGAUGAGGGAGGUGCAUACCUGGCCGAGGAUGCAGCAGUCACAGCAGUGAUUGUAACCCGCCAGGAUGAGCACUUUGUUGUGAAACGCGCAAAAAGCAGCGAGACAUGUGAGAACGAGGCAAUCAUCCUAGAGCACCUGGCUGAGCAAGGUGCCAUGGGCGUGCCUCGCUGCCUAGGUACCAGCACAUUCCAGCGCGCGAAAGAAAAUGAGAUGCAUGUCAUCGUACUCACCUAUUUGGGCAAACAACUGCCGUUGGAUGAGCUAAAGAAACCCGAGGUUCGCAAACAGCUUGCGGAUGUUUUGACUGAGGUACACUGUUGCGGCGUCGUGAACGGAGACCUGAAACCAUCACACAUCAGGGUUGAUGACAAGGGCAGGGUCUCAAUUGCUGACUGGGAUUUGGGAGCGUUCCGCACGAAGACAGGGGGGACAAAGGUGCACGAAUGGGUAAAGAAGGGCUUUCAAAAGGACAUCUACCUCAAGCAGCUGCCGCAUGAGCACUUUUGGGGCGUAUUUGAGGGCACACCCACUUGGGCCGCACCCUCCACGCACCUGGGAUAUGGACCUUCCGUCGCUGGAGAUUUUGGCAGCUUUGGGCUGAUAUGCGCAGCAGCCAUCUCUGGCAAGGCUCCUUGGAGUGAGCCUUUGGUCAAACGCCGGCUGAAUCAACAGAUCGACCAUGCUGUCCUGUCAGUGCUGCUGACUUUGGGACUGCCAGCAGUGAUCCAGGCGAAGGUCCAUGUCAGCCCCUCCGGCUGCGACGGCGGCAUUGUGUGGGCCGAUUUCUGGGCGCAUCAAAGGGCUCUGGCAGUGCAUGCCCAAAGCGGCGUGACGGAGGAGCAAGCAGCCGUUGCCUUUGCACAGUACAUCUGUGGAAUGGGGACCUCGCAGGUCGGAGCUGCUCAUGUUGCCAAAGUGAAGCGCAGCUAUUAUGGCCUCCAUGGACAACAGAUCAAGGGGACCGCGGAGGAGACAGCGUCUGGAUCAUCUGAUCUUGGCAUUGAUGAAGCUGUAGGGGAGGAGGCAGAUCUGCUGUUGAAGAAGGAGUUGAGCUUGGCGCUCGACAUUGACAUCCCCGAGAAGGCUCAGGAUCACAAAUUCAAAUUGCAAGAAGAAAUGGCCUUGGGGGCUUUGAGGCGCUCUGAUGACAAAGGGGACAUCACUGUCGCACCAGACAUCUUCUUUCCUGUGAAAGGGAUAUCGAGGGUGUCUAUCGAGGACAUGCUCAUGGGCGGGGACUUGAACUUUGAACCAGUGAGUCUUGGUGCCCGGGUGCAAGUGGAUACCGGCGCUCUGAAAGCAAGCGAGCACCCAGGGGAGAUUGAGCUGACCCAGCUGAUUGGGGAAGUGGUCGUGACAAAGAAUCCACUAAGCGUCUUGAAUAAGAUUGGGCAGCUGGAAGUGGCGCUCUAUGCUGCGGGGGCGAAAGCGGACCCCGCCCAGCGGCAUCCCCUGGAUGCAUUCGUCCGCUCUGAGUCCGAGCGAGCUAAGCUCCUGUUUGCAAGAAAGGAGACAUCAUUGGCCUUCAACACAGUUGCCGGGGAUAUGGCGAGGCUGGAAGAUAAAGUGGAUGCAUUGGUCAGCAUUGUACAGGGUCUUGCGCAGGAUUUCCAGGAUAUGCGGGGCACAACCACCGGAGCGCAAUCAUCUCCACCCGCGCCUGCUCCUGCAACAGCGCCCUCAGCACCUUCGCCAGUGCCCUCUGCCACUCCAUCCGCUCUGCCAUCUGGCAGUCCCUCCCACAGAUCUGGCAAGAAGCUCAGAAAGCCGAGACGCAGAUCUGCAUAUGAUAUCUUCCGCCAGCAAAGGGGCCCUGCCAUCCUGGAUGAGCAUGGCCCGGCACCAUUUCCAGAGCGAGCCAAGAUCCUUGGGAGGGCAUGGAAGGCGCUAUCAGAUGCUGAGAAGAGGCGAUAUGAGGGAUGA